CUUGCUGCAGCCAUGGUCAGCCCCAUCGUGUUCUUUGACAUCGCGGCUGAUGGCGAGCCCUUGGGCCGCGUCUCCUUCGAGCUGUUUGCAGACAAAGUUCCAAAGACAGCAGAAAACUUUGGUGCUCUGAGCACUGGAGAGAAAGGAUUUGGAUAUAAGGGUUCUUCCUUUCACAGGAUUAUUCCAGGAUUCAUGUGCCAGGGUGGUGACUUCACACGCCAUAAUGGCACUGGCGGCAGAUCCAUCUACGGAGAAAAAUUUGAGGAUGAGAACUUCAUCCUGAAGCAUACAGGUCCUGGCAUCUUGUGCAUGGCAAAUGCUGGACCAAACACAAACGGUUCCCAGUUUUUUAUCUGCACCACCAAGACUCUGGAUGGCAAAUAUGUGGUCUUUGGGAAGGUGAAAGAAGGCAUGAACAUUGUGGAAGCCAUGGAGCGUUUUGGGUCCAGGAAUGGCAAGACCAGCAAGAAGAUCACCAUUUCCGACUGUGGACAACUCUAAUUCUUUUGACUUGUGGGCUUCUUACCCACCAGACCAUUCCUUCUGUAGCUCAGGAGAGCACCCCAGCCCCAUCUGCUCACAGUACCCUGUAAUCUCUGCUCUCACUGAAGUUCUUUGGGUUCCAUAUUUUCCUCAUUCCCCUUCAAGUCUAGCUGGAUUGCAGAGCUAAGUUUAUGAUAA